AUGCCGGAGCCGGUGGAGGCGUGGGAGCGGGACUGGGCGGAGCUGCCCGCGGACUCGAUCUCCUGCGUCCUGCACAAGCUGAGCCUCCCGGAGCUUCUGCUCGGCGGCGUGGCGGAGGUGUGCCGGUCAUGGCGACGCGCUGCGCGGGAGGAGCCCGAGCUGUGGCGGCGCAUUGACGUGCGCGAUCUUCCCGACGUCCCGCCCUUCACCUGGCGGGCCACGCUCGAAAAUGUCAUGCGGUCUGCCCUACGGCUCAGCGCGGGGCAGUGCCACACCUUCCUCGCCGAGAGCCUCGAUGACAACCUCUUCAUGCUCAUCGCUCAGCGGGCGCCUAUGCUGAAGAGCCUUGAUCUCACCAGGUGUUAUGGUAUCUCGAAAGGAGGAUUUGCAAAUGCAAUAAAGAAGCUCCCUUUGCUGGAGGAGCUUGAGCUUUAUCAUUGUUUACACGAUGAAGAAGUGCUCGAGCUAGUAGCAAAACUGUGCCCAUGCCUGAAGCGCUUCAGGCUUGUCCAGAAAAGGCGUCACUCUUGCCCUGCUAAGGGGCGUACCGAUGAUCGAAAAGCAUUCGCAAUCACAAGGAUGUACGGGCUACGUUCCUUGGAGCUCGUCGGCGAUAAUCUCAGCAAUGAAGGCCUGACAUCCAUCAUUGACAGCUGCCGCCACCUACAGUUUUCUUCAUUUUAUUGGGACUUAAGGGAUUUUUCUCCGAUUUACUCGGACUUCGGGGGUGACUACGACUCCAACGAUUACCAUGAUCUUUCUCUUUAUUCCUACCUAGGUGAUGAGAUUGAUGGGGCCGAUUUUGAGGAGCAUGAAAGGAUCCUCGACGUCAAGAGCAUGCGAAGAGAAAUUUAA